GUGUUUUUUCAUCGUUUUCCGCAUCUUGCCGUCGCAUUUUUGAAAAGCGUGUAAAAAAGUUAUUUUGUAGUGUUUUCCAGCAAUAUUAACCGCUUAUCAUGUCGCAGCGGUUUCCGGCGGCCAAUGCUAACUCGGUUGGUGGGUCCCAACGAUAUCCAUCGUCCCCGGGGCAAACAAACCAGCCUCCGCCAGUGAUGCGUCCGUACGGACCGGGGAAUAAUUUUUCGCCCCGCGGCUACACUCCACCGCCGCAGAUGGGAAGCGGAGUGUCGAAUCAAAAUCAACAUCAACGUCCUAUCCAACCCGGCUUUCAGGGUGGCGGUAUGCGAGGUUCACCAAUGUCCAACUCCUCCGGUGGCAAACGUAACGCAGAAAACCGUUCCUCAAUGAACGCAGCCCAUCAGAAGAAUGACUAUUCGGUGAAGAAGAAGAAAAAACUGGCGGAUAAAAUACUUCCACAGAAGGUGCGAGAUCUGGUGCCGGAGUCUCAGGCCUAUAUGGAUUUGCUGGCUUUCGAGCGGAAGUUGGACGCGACUAUUAUGCGGAAGCGUCUGGAUAUUCAGGAAGCCCUCAAGCGCCCGAUGAAGCAAAAGCGCAAGCUGCGCAUCUUCAUAUCCAACACCUUCUAUCCCAGCAAGGAUGGGUCGGAGGGUGACACAAACCCGGACGGAUCGGUCGCAUCGUGGGAGCUCCGCGUCGAGGGUCGCCUAUUGGAGGACAACAAGUCCGAUCCAGCGAAGAUUAAACGCAAGUUCUCCAGCUUCUUCAAGUCGCUCGUCAUCGAGCUGGACAAAGAUCUUUACGGCCCGGACAACCAUCUGGUUGAGUGGCACCGUACACAUUCGACACAAGAAACAGACGGGUUUCAGGUGAAGCGACCGGGUGAUCGGAACGUGCGUUGUACCAUAUUGCUUCUGCUCGAUUAUCAGCCGCUUCAGUUCAAGCUCGAUCCGCGACUGGCCCGGCUGCUUGGAGUGCACACGCAGACCCGUCCGGUCAUCAUAUCUGCCUUGUGGCAGUACAUCAAAACUCACAAGCUGCAGGAUGCGCAUGAACGCGAGUACAUCGCAUGCGACAAGUACCUCGAGCAGAUAUUCGGCUGUCCGCGGAUGAAGUUUGCAGAAAUUCCGCAACGACUAAACCCACUGCUACACCCACCGGAUCCGAUCGUAAUAAACCACGUUAUCACGGUCGAAGGUGGACAGGAGAACAAACAGACGGCCUGCUACGACAUUGACGUCGAAGUGGACGACACGCUCAAGAACCAGAUGAACACUUUUCUACUGAGCACUGCAAGCCAGCAGGAGAUACAAGCGCUGGACGGAAAAAUCCACGACACGGUUGAGACGAUCAACCAGCUCAAGACGAACCGAGAGUUUUUCCUUAGUUUCGCCAAGGAUCCACAGACCUUCAUUCACAAGUGGAUCGUCUCGCAGACGCGCGAUCUGAAAGCAAUGACGGAUAUUGUGGGCAAUCCGGAGGAGGAGCGACGAGCCGAGUUCUACCAUCAGCCAUGGACACAAGAGGCCGUCUCGCGAUACUUUUUCACCAAGGUCAACCAAAAGCGGGCAGAACUCGAGCAGGCCCUUGGCAUUCGGAACACGUAAAUGGCAUCAGACUGAUCCUGAAUAUUAUCUUCCAGCAAUGCUCAUUACAAAGUGUCACAUGCGUUUAUUCGAUUCCCAUCACAUUUAGUAUUUAAUCAUCCUUUGCUGUCUGGUAAGGCACUGCAUACUGCAAAUCCAUUUGUCUUAAACCUGCUUUCACGAUUUAACUUUGCAAAUGAAUAAAAAGUAUACCUAAUUCAUGGUAGAAUAAUC